UCCGGCGUGAAGUCGAGCGCCAAGUCUUGCGUGAGGCCGCCACGAGUGUAAAAGCGGGGCGUUCAGGUCCUAACCCGGGGGCAGAGGAGGUCCUGCCGGUGACGCGGCCGGCGUUGGCACCGAGGCGCCGGAGCCGGCUGCGCCCGCGCCCGGGCUGAGACUGGGAUCCUUGGCCGGGACUCGCAGCCGCGGGGUCCGGGGAGCUUUCCCGGGCGGGCGCAAUCGGUUUCGGGACCAAGGCGCUCCGGGGGCUUGACAAUGGCAUCGGGCCCGGGCUCCCAAGACCGGGAAGGGCUCCUGAUAGUGAAACUGGAGGAGGACUGCGCCUGGAGCCAGGAGCCGCCCCUGCCGGAUCCAGGGCCCAGCCCUGAGGCCUCCCACUUACGCUUCAGACGGUUCCGCUUCCAAGAGGCCGCUGGGCCCCGGGAAGCCCUCAGCCGGCUCCAGGAGCUUUGCCAUGAGUGGCUGCGGCCUGAGAUGCGUACCAAGGAGCAAAUCCUGGAGCUGCUGGUACUGGAGCAGUUCCUGACCAUCCUGCCCCAGGAGAUCCAGAGCAGGGUGCAGGAGCUGCAUCCGGAGAGUGGCGAGGAAGCGGUGACUCUUGUGGAGGACAUGCAGAGAGAGCUUGGGAGGCUGCGAUUACAGGUCACAAACCAUAGGCGGGGAACAGAAGUGCUUUUGGAGGAGACUUUGCCUCUGGAAACAGCACGAGAGUCACCGAGCUUCAAGCUGGAGCCAAUGGAGACUGAGCGAAGCCCUGGCCCCAGGCUGCAGGAGCUGCUAGGCCCCAGCCCCAAAAGGGACCCCCAAGCUGUAAAGGAGAGGGCAUUGUCUGCUCCCUGGCUUUCUCUCUUUCCUGCUGAAGGAAACAUGGAAGACAAGGAGCUGACUGGGCCCCAGUUGCCUGAGAGCUUAGAGGACGUGGCUAUAUACAUCUCCCAGGAGGAGUGGGGGCAUCAGGAUCCUAGUAAGAGGGCCCUCUCCAGGGACACGGUGCAGGAGAGUUAUGAGAAUGUGGACUCACUGGAGUCUCAGGUUCCUAAUCAGGAGGCCCUGAGCACCCAAGUGGAACAAGGAGGAAAGCCGUGGGAUCCCAGUGUUCAGACUUGCAAGGAGGGCCCGAGCCCCAGCAGCCCAGCUCCAGGAGAAGAGAAGUUUGAGAACCAGGAAGAAAGCGCCCAGUCCGUUUUUCCUGAGAGCAUCCACCCACAGGCACUGUUGCCUGGCCAGGCCAGAGGGGAGGUCCCCUGGAGUCCUGAGCAGGAAAGGCCUCGGGACAGGGCAGAAGGGCACUGGGAGCCUCCCCCAGAGGAAGGGAUGGAGCCGUCCUUAGUGGGGGCUACAAGUUGCAGAGAACUGGGGCGACCAAAGGAAUUGCAGCUGAAGAAGCUCCACUUGUGUCCCUUGUGUGGCAAAAAUUUCUCUAACAACUCGAACCUAAUUAGGCACCAGAGAAUCCAUGCAGCGGAGAGACUGUGUAUGGGUGUGGGGUGUGGCGAGAUCUUUGCUGGGAACCCACACUUCCUGUCACUACACAGAGCACACUUGGGAGAGGAGGCCCAUAAGUGCCUGGAAUGUGGAAAAAGCUUCAGUCAGAACACCCACCUGACUCGCCAUCAGCGCACGCACACGGGGGAGAAACCUUACCAGUGUAACGUGUGUGGAAAAAGCUUCUCUUGCAACUCCAACCUUCACAGGCACCAGAGGACACACACAGGCGAAAAGCCCUACAAGUGCCCCGAGUGUGGGGAGAUCUUUGCUCAUAGUUCCAACCUCCUUAGACACCAAAGGAUUCACACGGGAGAGAGACCUUACAAGUGUGCCGAGUGUGGGAAAAGUUUCUCUCGCAGUUCACACCUUGUCAUACAUGAAAGAACUCACGAGAAGGAGAGGCUUUACCCCUUCUCUGAGUGUGGCGAAGCAGUGAAUGACAGCACCGUCUUUCUUACAAAUCCUGGAACCCACAAGGCAGAGAAAAAACUCUUCGAAUGUUUGACUUGUGGGAAAAGCUUCCGGCAGGGCAUGCACCUCACCAGGCAUCAGAGAACGCACACGGGGGAGAAACCAUAUAAGUGUAACCUUUGUGGGGAAAACUUCUCUCACAGAUCAAACUUAAUCAGGCACCAGAGAAUUCACACCGGAGAAAAACCCUAUACCUGUCAUGAGUGUGGGGACAGUUUUUCUCACAGCUCCAAUCGGAUUCGUCACCUGAGAACCCACACGGGAGAGAGACCCUACAAAUGUUCGGAAUGUGGAGAGAGCUUUUCUCGGAGUUCCCGCCUUAUGAGUCACCAGAGAACUCACACGGGAUAGAAACAAUGGGAUUUCUCUUCGGCCCACUCAGAGGGUCCUGUUAGGAGCUAGUGUCCUUUGCCCAGGCCCCCCAAAUCUGUUUUUAAAGUAAUUACCGUAAAGAGGAACGAGGUAGGCGUCAGUGUGAGGGAGGUGCGGAGGCAGCAAAGAUUAGUGUAGAACUAAAACGGAAUUCUGUCCAAACUGUUGAGGGUGGUGAGUUUUUGAGGUGACCUGCUCAGGGCAGAGUUCUCUAUGAGGUCUCUUGUCCUGGGGUGUGCCUACUCCCUUGGUAUCUUAGCUGUGAUUCGGGUGCCUUACUGUAUCCAUUGUCUGUCCUGACAACUUUGGGAAUCUGUGUGACUGCCCAUUACCGCUUCCCCACUUGGAAUGUUUGUCAGGGGUACCUGGGCUCCUGAGGCAUGGGACCAAAGAAGUUCGGAGGAUUCUGGGAAACCAGCUUAUUGGCCACAGAAGACUGGCUGGUGACUUGCAGCUUCCCCAGAAGCCCCAGCUGGGAAGCCAGGGGCAGUCCCGGGCAGCCACCACAGUGCCUCUCGGAGAGGAGGGCUCAUGCACACGCCAAGCUUAUAAACAUCACCUCAGACCAGAAGGAACCAGAGGCCUGAGGGACAAGAAAGAGGGAGUUUGCAAUUCAGCACAGGCAUUGGCACAGGAAACCGGAUUCUGACUUCGUCACCGUUGAGGAGAUUAAGACUCACCCCACUUCUGCACAAGAAAGAAACAGAGCUCUGGGGUCUUCGGAGGUUCUGUGAAAGUGGGGUUCCCUGAGAGGCUUUGCAAAUGUGCAAAGAGAUUAGGGAUCAUGCUUUCCCUGUUGAAGUCUGUUUGGGUGGUAAUAAAUAUCUUCAGGAAACGUGA